AGCGUUUUGUUUCUUCCUGCACGUUGUGAACGAMGAGGCUCCCAAACAGAGCUCAUAUUUUCCUGGGUUUAAACGUCUGAUUCAGCAAUAUGUCAAAGUUGAUGAGAGCAAUACUUGUUUCUGAGUUUGGUGGACCAGAAGUUCUGAAGCUUGUCAAGGAUAUUCCUGUAUCGAAACCUAGUAAGGGACAGGUUUUGAUCAAAUUGGCUGCAGCAGGAGUCAAUCCAGUUGAUACUUAUAUCAGAUCAGGUACAUAUGCAAGAAAGCCAACAUUACCAUAUACCCCUGGUGCAGAUGGUGCUGGCGUGAUUGAAGAAGUAGGAGAAGGUGUGACACAACACAAGGUUGGUGACCGGGUCUAUACCUUCCAAGCCAUGUCAGGAACAUAUGCAGAGUACACCCUUUGUAAUGCGAAUAGUGUUUACAAAUUGAGUGACAAGUUGUCAUUUGAACAAGGAGCCGCCUUUGGUGUACCAUAUUAUACAGCUUACAGAGCAUUACACCACAAGUUGAAUGUACGCCCUGGAGAAACUCUGCUUGUCCAUGGAGCAAGCGGAGGGGUUGGAACUGCUACCUUGCAAUUUGCAAAGAAUCAUGGGAUGAUUGUCUUUGGAACAGCAGGAACGAAAGAAGGAGAAAAAAUAGUUCUCAAUGCUGGUGCUCACCAUGUGUUUAACCAUUUUAGUCCAGGCUACCUGGACAAAAUAAAGGAAACUACAGGUGGAACAGGGGUUGACGUCAUUGUAGAAAUGCUUGCCAAUGUAAACCUUCACAAUGACUUACAGCUCUUAGCUUAUGGUGGCAGAAUUGCAGUUGUUGGUAACAGGGGGAAUAUUGAAAUUUGUCCCAGAGAUCUAAUGGCUAAAGAAUCUUGUGUCAUGGGUGUCAAGCUAUUUGGAGCCACAGAGAAAGAUCUCAAAGAGACUUCGCUAGUUAUCGACGCCGGAAUGGAGUUGGGGUGGAUCAACCCYAUCGUAGGCCGUGAAAUCCCUCUAGACGAAGCGACCAGAGCACAUGAAGAGAUACUUUCCAAAGACGCUCUUGGAAAAAUGGUUCUUAAAAUAUAAAAUCUGCAUGAAUUUCGAUAGAUGAGUUUCCAUGCAAAAAGAAAUGGUGUGGUAACGUCAUUCACUUACAGAUCUUCAAAAGAUCUAUAAAACUGCAUCUUUGCAAAAUGGAGUCAUAAUGUAGAAAUUGCGUAUAGAUCUCGAUUUCGGACUUUUAGAGACAGAUGUUGAUCAUGCGGAUCGUGAAGAAUGUAUCUAAUGCCUCAUGUAGACACUAGGCUUAGAGAAUGAAUCUUAAAAGGAUAAAAGAUAAGACACUCAUGACUUUGUAAUUAUUCAAAAUAUGAGUUUAAGUGUUCAUUAGUGUGUCAAAACACUGAAAAUCUGAUUGAAAAAAACGAGGCGUAGUCGAAGUAGCUAUGCUGUGACUCUAUAACGGUACUAUACUUUCCCACGUUUUCGCACAUUCURUUUACUUUGAAGGUUUGAGGACUUUGAUCCGGUAUAUAAACAGCACUUUCGCAAAAAAGAAUAACAUUAUGUAAUAACAAAUGUUUGUUUUAUGCAAAACUAUACCUUAAACUUGAAAGUUUUCAUUGUGAAUCUAAUAAUAUAUACUUUUCUAAUUAUUCUUGAAAGCUGUGAACAAUUUCUUGUAACAUCUAUGCCCAUACUUUUGCUUAUAAAAAAGACGGCAAAACGUU